GCCGGCCAGCAGCAGACCCAGGCCCAGAAGGAUGCCGCGGACCAGAACUUUGACUACAUGUUCAAGCUGCUGAUCAUCGGCAACAGCAGCGUGGGGAAGACCAGCUUACUCUUCCGCUACGCUGAUGACUCCUUUACCUCUGCCUUCGUCUCCACCGUGGGCAUCGACUUCAAGGUUAAGACGGUCUACCGCAACGAGAAGAGGGUCAAGCUACAGAUCUGGGACACGGCGGGCCAGGAGCGUUACAGGACCAUCACCACAGCCUACUACAGAGGAGCCAUGGGCUUCCUGCUGAUGUAUGACAUCACCAACCAGGACUCCUUCUACGCUGUGCAGGACUGGGCGACCCAGAUCAAGACGUACUCGUGGGACAACGCCCAGGUGAUCCUGGUGGGGAACAAGGCUGACCUGGAGGACGACAGGCUGGUACCAGCGGAGGACGGACAGAGACUGGCUGAUGAACUGGGGUUCCAGUUCUUCGAGGCCAGCGCCAAAGACAACAUCAACGUGAAGCAGGUGUUCGAGCGUCUCGUCGACGUCAUCUGCGAGAAGAUGAGCGAGAGCGUGAAUGGGGAGCCCAGCCCAUUGGCCAAUCACAAGGGCCCCAGCCUGCAGGACACGCCCCAGACAAGGGUGGCUGCUCCUGCUGAUAACGCCUUAAACAUACAUACCGUAUACAUGCUCGUACACACACACACACUGAAAAAAUUAAAUACACAACCACUCCCACACACGCUCAUUGACUUGCCAGAAAUCUAGCGUUGUGAAUGUACUUUUGGUUUUGUAUAACAUUGUUGCUACUAUCCUUAUUACCGACUG